AUGAACUACCUAACAGAAGAUUUUGAUUCUUUAACAGCGCUUCCGUUGGGCAUUUGGCAAACGGAAAAUGAAUGUACGUUUGAAGAGCUGCCGAUUCGUAAUGGCCUUCAGUACGACUCAGUUUGUGUUGAUAAUCACUCCGAUCGAGCAUCUCCAAACGUAUCCAAAACGUACACAGAACUUCAUGUAUUUCCAAAGCAAGAAGUGGAUUCACCUUCAUUCCUACCGCUCGCAAUUCCAUUUACUGAUAUCACUAAUGCAGAAAAUUAUGAGCAAAACGUUUGUGCCAUGGUGGAGGAAGAAAGCUACCCAAAAGGACCGUAUCUCCCUGAUACUUCAAAUCUCAAGAACCGUGGACUUACGCAUCGUUCACCAGUAAAGGAAAGUUUCACUGGAGCAUUGGGUGUACUGUUGCUAUACACUUUAGACGUGGCAAUUGGUGUUACUGAUGCGGUGCAGUUCGAUGAUCGGGCCCCUGCGAAAUUCACUUUUGAAACGCGCGUUGAGCCUGUGAAUCAAAUACCACAAGUGUGUGCCCUGCAGAGCGUUGCUUCUGAUGAAACACAAGUCACAGGUGGGGAUAAGAAGCAUGUGGAAGCUACAGGCCCCAUCAGAAGCUUUACGGUUUGUGAGGAAGCUAGUAAUGGUGAGACUUUAGGCAUUUUGAAGCUGUUAUUUUGUGUCUAUGGUUAUCAUUUGUUUGACGGGAACAGUUUCAAAAACAACUAUCCAACAAAGGAAAGAAUCAAAGUUAGCCUCAAAGGACAACAGAAGAAUGCAAAAGUGAAGGGCAGAAACAAACAAAGUAGAAGACGGAAGUUGGAAGAGUUCGACAAAGACAAUAACAAUAGCGAUUACUCUGACACAAGUGCAGGGAAAAAAAUGAAGCCUUUUGGGAAGGCAAAAUUCAAAGCAGAAAAAUGGAAUAUGGUUUUUCAGAGAAAAGCAUUCUUGAUUCGGUACUCUGACGUGGACUUCUUCGACUCUAACCAAAUAUGGUGUGUGGUAAACCAUAAGGUUAUUCGUAAAUAUGUGUUGGAUCGAUGCCUCACUGAAGGAGAAAGAGUUUAUAAAAAAACCAAUCGGCUAGCUGGAUGGCUUUGUAACGAGUCUCAACAUUAUUACCCUGUUGAAGUGAUAGAGGUUGGAAAAGAUUAUGACGAGGUUACUAUUGUUUAUCCGGAAAUUGAUGCUCUCCGGAUGGCAAGGAACGCAUUUAAAACUGAAGAAACUGGGGAUGAAAAAGUUACUUUGACCGCAUAUGAGAAUAGCAUUGAGAUUCACGUCGUGGAGUUUAGCACUAACCGUGGCAAGAAGAGUCUACAAAAAAAUAAUCUACAAAAUGCUUUUCAGGGAAGUAAUGAUAUCGUGGAAGCUAAGGUUGAGGUGGUCGAGGAGCAUGAAACAUAUUCACAAAUGCCUAGCACUAGUGUAGCGUCGGAUGCUGCUGAUCCUUGGGGAACAACUCUCCUUGAAGAAGAAGAUGACGAAGAAGAAGAUGAAGAAGUUGAAGAGGAUUGA